CAAGCCCAGGAAGUGCUUCCUGUGCCUGCGCGGGUGGGCACUGGGAAGUCUCGCUUGUGGGCACCGGCUCAGGGGCGGUGGCGGUAGGGACGGCCCCCGGCGUUUUGUGACCCCCCCCCCACCCCGCGCCUGCUUCCCCUGGUUCUCCCCCGGCUGGCGGCGACCGGCCACAGCUGCAGCGGGCUCGGAGCGUGCGGCCUGGAAUUUUCCUGACUCCUUGAACAUGAGCCCCACACAAUGGGACUUCCCUGUGGAAUUAUGUUGUCGGCCUAUGGCUUUUGUUACUCUCACGGGCCUGGAUGUGGUUUAUAAUGCCGUCCAUCGAGCUGUCUGGGAUGCUUUCUGUGCCAAUCGGAGGGCUGAUCGGGUACCGAUUUCUUUCAAGGUGCUCCCAGGUGACCAUGAGUAUCCCAAAUGUAGACCCAAGAGAACUUCGUAUGAAUGGUACAUUCCCAAAGGGAUCCUGAAGACAGGCUGGAUGAAUAAGCAUCUGAAUCUGGUGCCAGCCCUGGUGGUCGUGUUCUACGAACUGGACUGGGAUGAGCCCCAGUGGAAAGAAAAGCAGUCUGAGUGCGCGACCAGAGUGGAAAUAGUUAGGCAGAGUUUACAAGGGAGAAACACAAAAGUUGCAGUGGUUCUGAUUCAGAAGAAAACCCCUUUGCCCCCAGGAGAAGAUGUCAUUGCUUCCGAAAGGGCUGCAGCCUUGUGCAAUGCGUGUGAACUCUCGGGGAAGUCUUUGUUUGUACUGCCCCAUACGGACCACCUUGUGGGUUAUAUUAUAAGAUUAGAAAACGCCUUUUAUGAACAUGCACAGACUUACUACUACACUGAAAUUAGAAGAGUGAAAUCUCAUAAAGAAUUUUUGAAUAAAACAACACACCAGCUUUUAUUUGUUAGACAUCAGUUCAAAAUAGCUUUCUUCAGUGAGUUGAAACAAGAUACACAAAAUGCUCUGAAGAAUUACAGGACCGCCUAUAAUCUUGUACAUGAAUUGAGAGCCCAUGAAACUAAUAUUCUGGAAAUUAAGACCAUGGCAGGAUUUAUCAACUACAAGAUCUGUAGGCUGUGUUUUCAGCACAACACCCCACUGGACGCAAUUGCUCAGUUCCGAAAGCACAUCGACUUGUGUAAGAAAAAAAUCGGAAGUGCAGAGUUGUCUUUUGAGCAUGCUGCAUGGAUGUCUAAACAAUUCCAGGCCUUUGGAGAUUUAUUUGAUGAAGCUAUCAAGUUGGGGUUGACAGCUAUUCAAACUCAGAAUCCUGGUUUCUAUUACCAGCAGGCAGCAUACUAUGCCCAGGAGCGGAAACAGCUUACGAAAACCCUCUGUAACCAUGAAGCUUCUGUAACGUACCCCAACCCUGAUCCCUUAGAAACGCAAACAGGACUUCUUGACUUCUACGGACAACGAUCAUGGCGACAAGGAAUACUAAGUUUUGAUCUUUCUGAUCCCGAAAAAGAGAAGGUGGGGAUUCUUGCCAUUCAGCUGAAGGAGAGAAGUGUUGUUCACUCUGAAAUAAUAAUAACUCUUCUGAGCAAUGCUGUUGCGCAAUUUAAGAAAUAUAAGUGUCCGAGAAUGAAAAGUCAUCUGAUGGUUCAAAUGGGAGAGGAAUAUUAUUAUGCAAAGGAUUAUACCAAAGCUUUGAAGUUGCUGGAUUAUGUGAUGUGUGAUUAUCGGAGUGAAGGAUGGUGGACCCUGCUCACGUCUAUACUGACCACAGCUCUGAAGUGUUCCUACCUCAUGGCCCAACUGAAAGAUUACAUCACUUAUUCCCUAGAACUCCUUGGAAGAGCUUCAACUCUGAAAGAUGACCAGAAAUCUCGGAUAGAAAAGAACCUCAUAAAUGUUUUAAUGAAUGAAAGUCCUGAUCCUGAACCUGACUGUGAUAUCUUAGCUGUGAAAACUGCUCAGAAGCUGUGGGCGGACCGAAUUUCUCUGGCCGGCAGCAAUCUUUUCACAAUAGGCGUACAGGACUUUGUGCCAUUUGUGCAAUGCAAAGCCAAGUUCCACGCCCCAAGUUUUCAUGUCGACGUUCCCGUGCAGUUCGAUAUUUAUCUGAAGGCUGAUUGUCCACAUCCCAUUAGGUUUUCUAAGCUCUGUGUCAGCUUUAAUAAUCAGGAAUACAACCAGUUCUGUGUAAUUGAAGACGCAUCCAAAGCAAGCGACGUUUUAGAAAAUUUGACUCAGGGAAAGAUGUGCUUAGUUCCUGGUAAAACAAGGAAGUUUUUAUUUAAAUUUGUGGCAAAAACUGAAGAUGUGGGAAAGAAAAUUGAGAUCACAUCCUUGGAUCUGGUUCUGGGCAACGAGGCAGGAAGAUGCGUGGUCUUGAACUGGCAGGGAGGAGGAGGAGACGCCGCUUCCACCCAGGAAGCCUUACAGGCCUCCCGUUCUUUCAAAAGAAGGCCCAGGCUCCCCGACAGCGAGGCUCACUGGGACAGCAUAGUGAUCCAGGCGAGCACCAUGAUCAUUUCCAGAGUUCCAAACAUUUCUGUCCAUCUGCGACAUGACCCUCCUGCCCUGACUAACGAAAUGUACUGUUUGGUUGUGACUGUGCAAUCCCACGAGAAGACCCCCAUCAGAGACGUGAAGCUCACUGCUGGUUUAAAACCCGGACAGGAUGCCAAUUUAACUCAGAAAACUCACGUGACUCUUCAUGGAACAGAACUGUGUGAUGAGUCCUACCCGGCUCUACUCACGGACAUUCCUGUCGGAGACCUGCAUCCCGGGGAGCAGCUGGAAAAAAUGUUAUAUGUUCGCUGUGGAACAGUGGGCUCAAGAAUGUUUCUUGUGUAUGUUUCUUACCUGAUCAAUACAACUAUUGAAGGAAAAGAAAUUGUUUGCAAGUGUCACAAGGAUGAAACUGUAACAAUAGAAACCGUCUUUCCAUUUGACGUUGCAGUUAAAUUUGUUUCUACAAAGUUUGAGCACCUGGAAAGGGUUUAUGCCGACAUCCCCUUCCUGCUGAUGACGGACCUGUUGAGUGCCUCCCCCUGGGCCCUCACCAUCGUCUCCAGUGAGCUGCAGCUUGCUCCUUCCAUGACGCCCGUGGACCGGCUGGAGUCCCAGGUGGACGGCGUUGUCUUACAGACCACAGAGAGCGCCAGUGAAUGCUUUUGCCUUCGUUGCCCAUCUGUUGGAAAUGUUGAAGGUGGAGUAGCAACUGGGCAUUAUAUUAUCUCCUGGAAGAGGACUUCAGCCACGGACAACAUCCCUGUCAUCAGGACUGUCAUCACUCUGCCACACGUGAUUGUAGAAAAUAUCCCUCUCCAUGUGAACGCAGAUCUGCCAUCAUUUGGGCGUGUCAGAGAGUCGUUACCAGUCAAGUAUCACCUCCAGAAUAAGACUGACUUAGUUCAAGACGUGGAGAUUUCUGUGGAGCCCAGUGAUGCCUUCAUGUUCUCAGGUCUUAAACAGAUUCGAUUACGUAUCCUCCCUGGCACCGAACAGGAAAUGUUAUAUAAUUUCUACCCUCUGAUGGCCGGGUACCAGCAGCUGCCAUCUCUCAACAUCAACUUGCUCAGGUUUCCCAACUUCACAAAUCAACUGCUCAGGCGUUUUAUACCCACCAGUAUUUUUGUAAAGCCCCAGGGCCGACUCAUGGACGAUGCCUCCAUCGCUGCUGCGUGAUGUUCAGGACGGGCCUCGGCUGUUCUUACGGAGACGCUGGACAGAACUGUAUAAGUUUUUCAUGGUGAACUGUAGCUUGAUCAUGGUACAAGUUAAUCUUUGCUGGUUUUUAAUGGAUGUUAUACCAACUCUUCAGAGGAACUCAUGCUUAAAAUAUUAGGAAAAUCUAUCCUCUCUUAUAGUUUCACUAAUAAAUAUUUGAAAUCUGUCAGUGUGACAUGAAAGGAUGUCAGUCCUUUGUUACUGUUGAAAGUCAUUUUAUGGAUAGUAACGUCUUUUCAAAGUAAGGGAUUUGAACAUGCAGUGGCCGAGGAAAGUUAAGCAUCUGAAAUAUGACUGGACAAGGGGAACAUGCGCCAGUGUCUGCCCCAGGAAAGUUCUGAAUCCCUGGGUGUCUCUUUCAGAGUUGGCUAAACCGGAGGUAAAUCCAUCCUCGUGAAUCUAGUGUGUGCUCAGAAUACAUACACAGGAAGCGGAAAGCAGUCACGUGACUGAUGCAGAAAACUUCCAGAAAGUUUUAAAGCAAUUUAAGAUGUCUAAAAAAUAUCUUUGCUUACCAUCAAAACAUGUCAACUAGGUUCAGCUUGCAGCCAAAACGUGGAUCAUUUAUGAAGCAGGUUUGUAUUUUUAAGUAUGUUAACAAGAUCCUUACCUGUCAGUAUCUGAACUGCGAGAUUCUGAUUCUAAGCAUAAUUCCCUAAACUAAAAGUUUUUGAGAAAGGUGCAAGGUCUCAAUAAGAGCUUUUAGUUAUGUUGUGCAAUUUGAAAAGAACUAUUUAAAACUUUUGGAAAUUCAUGUAAAUAAAAAUCAUAUUGUGAAAAUCGUCUUUGUUAAAAUAUCUUAAUUUAAAACUACCCCAUUUCCCAGAGAUUUUUAUUAUUUAAAAGUGUAGGAGUUUCAAAAAGGAAAACAAUAAUGUAAAUAAAUAUGUUGUCUUUCAGAUAUGCUUGUAUGUAUCUUUUAUUUAUUUUGCGCUUGUUUGAUUUCAGCUUCAUGGAACAGCUUUUACUCAGAACACGGUUGCAGAGGUAUGGUGGAGUGUGUAGGACGGGAAAUAGGUCCGUGUUCUAGAGCCAGCGCUGCCCAUCUUCGGGGAGACGGGGGCGGUGGCGGGCCAGGAGGAUGUGAAUUCCCUGUUAUCACAGCUUUACAGGUGGAGGCCACAGGAGUUUGUCGGAUUGUCUAGGGCCAAAUCCCAGCUCCAGUGACUUUGUUCAUGUU